CGUAACCUGGACGUAGUAAUCGUCAGUGCGGGACUUAUAUGUGACCGGUGUAGUGAGAAGAAAACCAUGGAGGUCUACCCUAGGUCCUCAUGGUUUUUGCUGCUUCUUGGAUUCACCCUUGUAGCUUACACCUUGCAGGAAAGCAGUGAUUGUCCAAAACCCGAAGAUGUCUCGUGUACAAGUGGAACCAAGUGCAACGUCAACGAAGACUGCCAGAGCAAGGAAAUCUGCUGUUCGAAUGCCUGCUAUACGAAACGAUGCGUAUCUGUUACGAAAGGUGAAGCUGACGGACCAACCGAAACCGACUGCCGACCUUACAUCGAGAAAGCUCUUAAGGAGCUUGAGAUUGGUGAGGGCGGGCUAGUGCAGAAAGAACUCCCAAAGGACAAAGACGAAUCCGUUGAGGAUAUUCCGACCGUAGAAAUCACCGACGACUCCAGCCGCCAGGAGGAAGAUGAUGGUGGAGCUGCUGCAGCAAGUCACGAAACCGAUGGCGAAGACGACGGGAGCGUGGAGCAGGUACAGCCAGAAGCUGUACAAGGGAGCACUCCAGAAGAUGAGAAAGAGGAAGACUCAGGCGAAACACCCGACGAAAAGGAAGUAGAACAAAGCGAUGAAAAAGACGAUGAACAAGACGAAGAAGAAACGAACCCUCAAUCCGUUGAGGAACCUGCAGAGCAAGUAGAGGAAUCGGUAGAGCAAGUGGAGGUCCAACAAGAGGCGGCAAGCCAAGAAACUUCUGAAAAUCUAGACGAGCCAGUCCAAGUGUUAAGGCAAGAAACUCCAGACAUUGCUAUCGAAGAAGCUCCAAUUCAAAUGGCUGCAAGUCCUGAAGAAGCAAGUAUAGAACAACCUCAGACUGCGAGCGCUGAAGAACAAGAGCAAAGCGAGGAAGUGGAAAAAGAUACAACUCAAGAAGCUGAAAGUGACGAAGCAAAAGAAACAGAAACUGCACAGUCAGAAGAACAAUCAGCUGAAGCAGUUGCCGAAAGUAAAGAAGAGGAGCCUAUAGAAGAAGAAAAAUCAGCUGAAGAAGCAGCUACUGAAAAAGUCGCUUCAGCGGAAACAGAGGGAACUGAAGCCACUGAAGAAAGCGCCGAGGAGGACGGAUGUCCUUCACCAGCAGAAGUUUCAUGCACAGAAGGGGACCUGUGCUCAAAGCACCGGCACUGUGGUGACGACCAAAUCUGCUGCCCCAACAAAUGCUACAGGAAGCGUUGCACUCAAGGCUCAGUAUCCCAACAAGAACGCGAUGCAGAAUCAGAAUCUGUUGAAUCAACUGAAGCCCAAAGUGAAGAACAGCAGUUUAGAAGACCAGAAACAGGCUGCCCACCAGCAAACGAAGUGUCAUGCGCUGGCGGUGAACUGUGUAGUAAACACCGUCAAUGUGGAGAAGAUCAGAUUUGCUGUCCUAACAAAUGCUAUAGGCGUAGAUGUAUACCAGGCACAGCCACAUCCGAAGAACUAGCGGCAGAAUCUGAAGAGUCCGUUGAGGAUUCUAAAGAAGUAGAGUCUGCAGAAAAAGUUGUCGAAGUUCGAACCGAAUCUGGUUGCCCUGAUCCCAGCGAGGUUUCAUGUAAAGAGGGAGCCUUCUGUAGUAAACACAAGCAUUGUAGCACCAACGAAAUUUGCUGCCCGAACAAAUGCUACAGAAAACGUUGUACUCCAGGCACCCCAACUGAUGCGGAACUUGCAGCAGAAUCAGAAUUAGAAGACUCUGAAGAAGAGGAGGCUCCCAAAUUAGUGGUUCCUAGAAAGGAUGUAGGUUGUCCAGACCGAAGUGAUAUCCCAUGUGGUGGAGAAAAAUGUGGAAAGAACAGACAUUGCAGUACUGGUGAAAUUUGUUGCGCAAACAAAUGCUAUAGAAAAGUAUGCGUUGAAGGUACUCCCGACUCUCAGGAACAAGAAGACGAAUCGACUGAAGAAGAUAAGCAGGAAAGUGCCGAAGCACUUGCUGAGUCAGAGGAAGAAGAAGGUUGUCCUUCACCUGAAAAGGUAUCUUGCAAAGAAGGUCAAAUGUGUGGAAACGACGACGACUGCAGCAGUGAAGAGAUUUGUUGUCCAAAUAAAUGUUAUAACAAACGUUGCAUUCCAGGUAAGAAAGACGCUGCAAGUGCUGAAGAAGCAGAACCAAUAAAACCAGUUAAAGCAGCUGAAGCGAAGAAAGUUGAAAAGAAGGAAGAAGAGAAGCCAAAACUCGUAACUGUACCGGUAUCUCCAUCAGUGCCUGUAAAGAAGCGAGAGGAGAGGGAGAUUAAGAGGCCUGAGGUAAAGAAAUCUGAAGAGAAAAAGGAAAAGGUCAAAGCAACGUUCAGGCCUAUAAGCGUCGUCGAGCCAGAGAUCCCACCUGAAACUGAAGAGGAUGAAAGCUUGGAAAAAGGUGCUGAAGCCCCAGUUGAAGAACUUUCCCAGGACACUGAUAUUCCUACCGACCUAAGGUCAAGGGAUCACGUCGAACAUUUAUUAAAACUUGAUCAAGAAUCGAAAAAUCUUGAAGCUGUUCAAAAUCGGGUCUAUGAAAGCACCUUAAAAGAACUGAAACGACUCUAUGAAAACGCUAUAAAACCGUUGGAGGUUUUGUACAAAUACAGAGAUCUAAGCAACCGACAUUUCGGAGAUGCUGAAAUAUUUUCGAAACCCCUUGUGUUGUUUAUGGGACCAUGGAGUGGAGGGAAAUCUUCCAUUAUUAAUUAUCUAAUUAAUAAUGAGUAUAAUGAAACCUCGUUGCGGACAGGUGCUGAACCUUCACCAGCAUAUUUCAAUAUCCUAAUGCAUGGAGAAGAACCAGAAAUCAUUGAUGGGACUGAACUAGCAGCAGAUUUUACCUUUUCUGGACUUCAAAAGUUCGGUCAGGGGCUAGAGGAACGACUUCGAGGAGUUAAGCUUCCUUCCAAGCUACUAGAAAAAGUAAAUAUCGUAGAAAUUCCCGGAAUCUUGGAGGUUAGAAAGCAAGUUUCCAGGGUGUUUCCAUUCAAUGAUGCUUGUCAGUGGUUCAUUGACAGGGCAGAUAUUAUUUUCUUGGUUUAUGAUCCUUCCAAGUUAGAUGUUGGUCCUGAGACAGAAGCUAUAUUAGAUCAACUUAAAGGAAGAGAGCAUCAGACAAGAAUUCUUUUAAACAAAGCGGAUCAAGUAAAACCAGAAGAGUUGAUGAGAGUCCAAGGAGCAUUGAUUUGGAAUAUUUCCCCUUUGAUGUCAUCACCACAGCCUCCAGUGAUGUAUACGACUUCCUUGUGGUCCAGGCCCUACGAACCCUGGGCGCCAGCAAGGUUACUACAAUCUCAGGAAAGGGCGUUUUUGAGAGAUCUUAAGACCGCCAUUGAUAGACGCGUUGAAAAUAAAAUUGCUAGCGCACGAAGAUUUGCAGUACGUGUAAGGAACCACGCCAAGAUGGUAGACUGUUACUUAACGACAUACUACAACCAUAAGUCUGUGUUUGGUAAUCGUAAGCAGGUAGCGAACGAGAUUAUUGAACAUCCUCAAGAUUACCAUAUUUACGAAGGGUUAUCAACGCUUACUAAUAUAUCCAGAUACGACUUGCCUGACCCAGAGGUCUACAGGGACUUUUUCAAGUUAAAUCCUUUAUAUGAGUUCCAACAACUCAGCGCUACGUGUACUUAUUUCCGAGGUUGUCCGAUAAACAGGCUAGAUAUUGCAAUAGCUUACGACCUUCCAGAACUUGUGGGUACCUACAAAAGGAAUUUGGAAGAGGCAAUAGAGAUGGCAAAGAACCCUCCUAAAGAGACAGAGCCUGCACCAAAAAAAGCUAAAAAAUCUGCACCUGGAAGUUGAAAUGUCAAAACAGUAAAUCAAAAGAAUGAACUAAGAACAUGCCCUCAUGAGGGAGAUUAAAAUUCCUAGGAACCAAAAUAAAGUCAGUGCUGCCAUUAGAAGUUAAUAAGUACCAUAAAAGAACUGAAAUAGUGUGCACAUAAUUUCAUAAUUGUAUAUAGGUCUAUCAAAAGUAGUGAAACGUCAUGUUACAUACUUUCUGAUUGAACUGUAUAUUUUAAGACUUAUCUCAGCCAUGCCAUUUGCUUGCCUUGCCCUGCUGUUUGUUGAUCGCAUUUAAAGUAUCAUGCAUUCGGAGUGUUUAUAUAAAAAUAUAAAAUAUAGUCCAAAGAGAGUGGAUUCUACCGUGCGUUACACAUAUUUUUAAGCACGUGCGUUAAUCGAAGAAAAUCUCAUUUCUCCAAUUAAUGCCGCUAAGCUUAAAACUGGGUGUACAAUUUCUUACUAAACUGUUAAUUAGCUAGGAAAUAUUUAAAAAAUUGAAUAAACUCCACUGCGUAUGAGUGAUAAAAAAUGUAAUAAUGGAACCAAAAGUUCCCGCAGCGGAGCUAAUUCAUCAUUAGCUCAUAGCUAUAAGAGGUCAGUUUUUAUAGUUUUCAUGUCACUGUCUAAAAGUUUUUUUUUAGGAGAGGUUGUGUAAGCAACCUAGAAUACAGGACCAUAUUCUGUGAUAGCUCUAACGAAAGACACUUUUAGAAGUGACAAGCAUUAUAAAUCUAAACCUCAAAUAUAACAUAGACCCCACUGCUAAAUUAUUUGACAAAAAACAUGAGCGCUCACCAAUAAAUAAAUAUAUUAUUUAAUAAUAUAACAGUCACCAACAAAUAAUUCAGCAAUGGCCUCAACUGUACAGAGACUUUAUGAUUACCCUUGUAGAUUAUUUAAGUAUAAUUAGUUAGUUUUCUUUUUUGUUUAAUUUAUGUUACGAAAACGAAUGGUGUAUGAAGACAGUUCUAUGAUAAGAAAAACAAAAUAUGUAUUUUAAAGGUAAAUAAACGUAUUUUAAUUUUUA